AUGGCACUUGAUAGUGCAAAAACAGUUGGCAUUUUAUUUGUAGACUUUAAAAAAGCAUUUGACAGUGUCAACCUUACCAUUUUAAUGUGCAAGAUACAAGGAAAGGGUAUAGCAGGAGAAGUAUACGAAUGGUUAAAAGAUUACUUGACUGAUAGGCAACAAUUCACAGAUCUAAAUGGCGUUUACUCAAGCUCACAAACUGUAAAAUAUGGAGUACCACAAGGAUCGCUAUUAGGACCGCGACUAUUCAAGAUAUACGUUGAUGAUCUUCCUGAUAAUGUAAGUGAAGGAUGGGUGUAUAUGUUUGCCGACAAUACUAUUGGACAUGACAUUGGAGAUAAUAUUGAUGUAGUGACAGAUAAAUUAAAUCAAAUGGCUGGGGAAAUAUACGAAUGGUGUAGGAAAAAUAAGAUAACUGCACAUAUAGGCAAAACAGAAGCAAUAAUACUGUCACAACAGCCCUUUUAUGGUCCAGUAAAACCGAUAUGCUUUGGAGAUGAACAGAUAAAACUUGUAACAACAACACAUGUAAUACAUUGA